GCGCAGAUAUAGUUUUGUCACUGCGUUAUUGCGUGACUAAAGAGAUACGAUUCACCAUCCAUGUGGACCAGACUUUCAGACUCAAAGAUCAUAGGGUUGGACUUUGAUUUUCCUUUAUAUUAAUUCCCUUGAAAAUCUACUAUGAAGCGUUAUUAUUACGGCCUGAUAGGUACUCUUCUGGUUCUUGUCACAAGCUGUGUUCCUUUAGUCAUCCUCGAAGCAGCAAACUUUUGCGGUAAGGAGAAGGCUUCUGCCUUGAUUCAGUGGAUUGUCUCGAAUGCCUUCUCCGCCGUCAUCACGAAGAAAACUGAUAGCGGACUUACAAGAUGGUAUUUGAAGGAUAUUGAACUGACCCGCUCAGAACAGCUGACGAGGAAAGUUUUUUCCAGCCUUUUUGGGCUGUUCUUUACAAUGUUUACCCUUGCUUCAAGUGUGUUUUGGGAAAACUUACUUCUCGACGUGAGCUACGGUUGCAAACCGGAUGAUGCUUCCGUGUCUAUGGAAUGCUUCGAAUACAACAUCAAGGAAAACGUGGAGUUCUGGAGAGCAUUUGCAAGGCUUGGAGAAGAUCCGAUCGAUUGUAGCAGUCCUAAGUAUCUUAAUGGAUCUGUGGGUGUGAUUUGCUACCAAAUGGUCUUCAAUAUUGGCGUUGCUUCCGGAGCAAGUUACGGUGUAUUCAAACUGGCUAUGAUUGCAGUCAGUGCAGCUACCAGCGCCAUGUUGCUGCAUAAACGAUCGAAAAAUGUAAAUAGAACGAGGAUCAUUGUUGCUGUGUUAAUCGUUACACUGUACGUGGCUUUCGUAGUUUCGCAAGUUGUCGAAACGGAGAAGGGACCAUCUAGUUUAGUCGUCAUGAUCGACUCACACAACGUGGCGAUCUAUCUUCAAGUGCUUAUGGGAUUGGGUGCUGUCUUGUCAUUCGUGUAUUUUGUUCCUUGGAAGCAACUCGUUGCUUUUCAAAGUAAUUUGUACCUGUAUGAUCCCAUACUUUGACCUUCUAAUCGCAAUUUUCCAUUCAUUAAUAAAUCAGAGCUAAUAUUGUUUACAAAAUUGUAUGAUUUAAGGGUUGUAAGCUCACUGAUAAGGUGUAGAUGGUGAAGAGCUUGGUCACAGGAGAGCUUGUUUGAAGAGUGACCAGUCAUUUAACUGACAUGUUAACUGGCUGACAGCCAACUCACCGACACUACAGUCCACUUGCCAACAACUUUGCCAAAAAAUUACACCUACUCUAUACCAAAUGGUAAUUAAAAUGUAAGGAAUAUAAAAGAGUCACUAAACUGAAUUGACUGAGGAUGUCAGUGAAGUGACCAAAUAAGACUGUCCAGGAGUUGAGGAAUGGUUAUGGCAAGCUGACAUGUCAGCAAAGUUAAUGGGUACUGGAGGAAGGCUAGAGGUUACACAAUGGAAUAACCUGUGCAGGAAGGGAGAGGAUAAAAAGAGGAACCCUCCCAAACCUUGUGCACCCCCCCCCGUCUUGCGCCUGCUUCUCAGGCUGAAUGUAAGGAUGAUCUGAGUAAAAACUAUGCUUGUUUUUCAAUAUUUAAUUCCAAACUAAAGAGAGAUAGGAUAUUAUUAUAAUUUUAUUAAUCUGUCUCAUAAAUACAGUAAACAUUGUAGGAAAUUUUCUUUGAAGGUGGCACAUCAAAGCAAGUGAGAUGCCCCCCAAGACGCUUUUGCAAAAUAAACCUCCAGAUAUACAGCAGGCUGCCAAAAAGUUCUAAUCUGCAUCAAUUCCAGGUCUGACAGUUCAAACAAGAUUGUAAUAAAAAUACAUCUGAGGUUACCUUGUUCAACCAUCGCAACUGGUAGUGUACU